CAGGAAAAUCGGCCCAAAAGUUGUUAUCGUCUCGUUCUUAUUCCUUUCCUUCGUUCAUCUCCCUCUCUCCCUCUCCCUCUCCUUCGCCAUGGGCUGCUUACACACCAAAGGGAGUAAAGAAGGGAGUAAAUACCAAGAAGAAGAGAAUAACGAAGGACCAAAGACGUAUUCAUGGGAUAAGAAAGAGAAAGUGAACCCGGCUGACUUUACAAUCGAGAACAUUAGUAACGAGGAAAUCGGGCGACUUCCCGGCACAAUAAACGGACAGCAGUUUAUCAUUCAGAACUGCCAGUCUUCAAAAAUAUAUCUUUUUGACUUCAUCAACACUAUUACUGUAGAUGACUGCACAGACUGCGUCAUAUUCAUUGGGCCAACAACUGGAAGUGUGUUCCUGAGAGACUGCCAGGACUGUGUUGUGAUGGCUGCUUGUGGACAGUUCAGGACCAGGGAUUGCUGCAAGAUGGAUAUUUUCCUUCUCUGUCAGACACAGCCCAUCAUCGAAGCCUCGGCCAAGAUGAGAUUUGGCUGCUUCCAAGCCUUCUACCCACAACUUAAAGAUCACUUCAAGGGUGCUGGACUGAGCAUCUUUAACAACAACUGGUCCAACAUACAUGAUUUCACACCUGUUGAAGGAGAGACCAACUGGUCCUGUUCAUCCCAGUCAGAUGCCCUGGAACAAGUCUUCAAACUGCCUGAAACAGAGGACCUAAAGAGUGUUGAACUGAUGCUGGGAACUGAGACAAGCGUUGUGCCGUUCACUCUUGGCUCACCAAUGUAUGGGGGACAGGAAGCCACACUUGUUAUUUUCUUCUUUAAUGAAAUCUACCAGCAAAGAGCUAUGGACUUCAUUAGCUCUCUAAAGUCGAAGAUUCAAAGUUGCAGGAUCCAGCAUAGCCGUGAGGUUAAAAUGGAGAUUUCUGAUGCCCAGAGAGUGUUCCAGACAUCUCAGUACAAGAGUGCAAUUAGCCGGGGUCCCAUCAUUGCAUUAUUGUGUCUUGGCAGUGGGAUAUCAGAAGCAUGUAGCAAGAUUGGGCAGGAAUUAAAUGCAGACGCACAGGACCAGGUGGUGUAUGUGACUUCAGACAGCAACACCAGCAACCAGCAGAUCGAUGCUUUCUUUUCCUAUGCCUCAAUGACCCUUUCCAUGUAAGGCUUACAACCAGGAGCUCGUGCAAUAACUCUUGAGAUCUUUUUUAAGUUACAGAUCUGAUUAUGGGAUAAUAACAUUCCAGUUACAUUCCUUAUAAAUUAUUUCAUUAAAGUAUUUUAUUACUUUCUUUUCUGUUUUCCAGUUUUCGUUUUCAUUCUUUAUUUUUAAAAAUAUGUAAUGAGAAUUUUGUACAAAGGAUGGUCAUCAUAAGUAUGCAUUUUGAGUAUACUGUGUACCUACAGAUUUAAUUUAUUUGUAUAUUAUUACAAUAUUUGAUAUUAUUUCAAAUGUACAUUUAGUAUUUACUUUGUAUGAAGUAUGUAUUAGCAGUCAUAAAGAAUUCCAACCCAUAGUGAUGUAAAUCUAGUCAUUCCUGAUUUAAAGACAUUGCUGACUAAAAGAGAUUCAUAUAGAGAAAAAGGUAUUUAGAAAGUUUGAGUUUUCUAAUGUAAUUAAAAAGACACAGUUGUGAUGGGUUUAAGCCUUUGGUUGUGAAACUAAUUAUUAGUAAAGUGAAAGCAAUUAUAAUUAGAACAGUGGCUGUGUUGUGCGGUUGUAGUAAUUGCUUUGUGUUGGAGCUUUGUUGUAUUCAGGAAGUCUAUUAGGAAAGAGUUUCAGAUAUAUUAGAAAAGAAAGAAUAGAGACAGUGAAGAAUGUUCAGAACACCAGCAAUCUGUUUUCUUUUUUCUUAAAACAAGUGAUUAUGGCAUUAGAAUAAAUUAAAAUUUACAAUGAUAAAUGGGGAGAGAAGGACUGUGGUCAUUAUACAUAAAAGUAAACAAGAAAUAUAAAAUCAUGUAUUUGUAUUACACUGUGCUGUAUGAAGAUACUUGAUCAGCUUACAUUUAUUCAGGAGAAUGAUAGUUAGGUAUAAUGUUGUAAGGUUCAUGGCAAAUUAUGUAUAUGUAUUUGAAAUAAUAAUUUCAUGUUCAUUUGGAAAAA